CUUUUUUCUCCACUGGGUGAAAAAAUGAAUCUCCGUCAUCUUUUUCAUCGAGAUCCACAUCUAGAUAUCGAAUACAUAUCUGGUAUGUAUCUCGAUGCAUGUAAGUACGAAUAGCUGCAGUCGCUGUGCACCGCGGAGAUACUCUACCAUUUCCCGCCCCCGCCCCCUCCAAAACUUGUUCUAUAGUAUGCAGAGGUUGUAUAUGUUCUUCCCGGGUACUUCCCUCUUUGCAGUCAUUAUGCUUGAUUCGUUCAAGCUUCGAUUGGAACGACAAUCUCUGAUCAUAAUCGAUCUGGUCAUUCUUUUAUGGAUUCCAUUUUCGAUCUAUGUCACGCUUUGUCUCCUCCGUCGAUACGCUCAACCUCAGGCUGACUUUACUUCAUCGGGUACUUCAGCUUUGGCCACCCCUUUGGAUUCUCAGGCUCAGACUCAGACUGCCGGUGGUGGGGUUUUGGGGUUAGUCGCUUCAGUAUUUGCCCAUACCUGGCUUAUGCUGAGUCGUCUGUUGAGCGCGAUCUUCGAUUUUGCCACUUUCGAGUCAGAAAACAAUCCUGGGGCAAUCCCACUAUUCUUUGGGUUUUGCCAUAUCUAUGUGAUGCUCCCUUUAUCGUUCUUCACUAUAUUUAUUUUCGGGAUAUGUCUUCCCAUGCGAAGAAACACUCCCUGGAGACAUAUCAUGGAGUUUUACCAGUUGUUGAAGCUUCUUGUGCAGCAGGCCGGCAUUAUGCUGCAAUGGAUCAAUGCUUUAUUCGAGGGUAGGGUUACUAUCAGGUCUAGAGAAGAGAUCGUAUAAUUCGCCAACUUCAUUUUGAAACCUUUUUCGACAUUUGUUUUCGGAUCAGCUCAUGUAGUGGGACAAUAAACCCACAUUGAAAGGAUAUUUGUAUCAACAGGUUUUUGUGGUCUAGUGAUAUGUAUACCCAUGUAUGUUUGCUUCAAAUUUACCAUCAUUCCUACGUUUUGCACAAGUGUGUUUCCA